AUGGAACGUGACCAGGAAGCCCUGCAAGCGUCAACACCCCCAGAAUGGACUCUGGGGCUUUGGCAAAGCUGGCAGAAGCGGCGAUGGAACCUCAGAGACCAAAGGCGCGGUGUCAACAACCACCGUGGCGGGGCGGGAGCAAUUGCGCUGACGAGUGGCGGCGGCGGCGGCGACUGUUACCGACACCUGCGGCGGCGGGCAGGGUGUAGCGGUGAGGAAGACGUAGAGGCUCCCCGGCGGGCGUGGAGAUGUGGCCCCUGGUGGUGGCGCUGCUGCUGGGUUCGGCGUGCUGCGUGUGGCAGCGCUCAAAUAACAUUUAAUGCAACCAAAUUUGUAGAAGUCACCGUCUGCAAUGAGACUGUUGUUCUCCCAUGCAUUGCUAAUCAUGUGUAUGCGGAGAGCCUUAAAGAACUGUUUGUAAAGUGGAAAUUUAAAGGGAAAGAAUUUUUUCUGUAUAAUGGAGCUCGUGAUGAGUCUCGUGUAGUCAACAGUAAUUUUAGUAGUGCAGAAAUCACACCUUCAGAAUUACUGAAUGGACAUGCCACUUUGAGGAUAAAGAAGAGUGAAGCCGUCCUUGGGAACUACACUUGUGAAAUAACAGCAUUAGCCAGAGAAGGCGAAACAAUCAUAGAACUAAGAUACCGUGUUGUUUCAUGGUUUUCUCCAAAAGAAAAUAUUCUCAUCGUUAUUUUCCCAAUUUUGGCUAUACUUCUGUCCUGGGGCCAGUUUGGUAUUGUGACACUUAAAUACACAUCCAAUCGUACGAAUGAGAAAACCAUCCUCAUGUUUGUUGCUGGACUACUGCUCACCAUAGUCGUUAUUAUUGGAGCCAUUAUUUUCAUCCCAGGUGAAUAUUCAAUAAAGAAUGCAUCUGGGCUUGGUUUAAUUGUAAUUCCUACAGUGAUAUUAAUAUUACUUCAGUACUGUGCAUUUAUGACAGCUUUUGGGAUGACCUACUUUGCCAUUGCCAUAUUGAUUAUUCAGGUGCUGGGUUAUAUUCUUGCUGUGGUUGGAAUAAGCCUCUGUGUCUCGGAAUGUACCCCAGUACAGGGCCCUCUUCUGAUUUCAGGUUUGGGUAUCAUAGCUCUAGCAGAAUUACUUGGACUAGUUUAUAUGAAAUUUGUGGCUUCCAAUCAGAAGACUAUACAACCGCCUAGGAAAGCUGUAGAGGAACCCCUUAAUGCAUUUAAAGAAUCAAAAGGAAUGAUGAAUGAUGAGGUUACGUUUAAUGGCAAAACAGCCAUCUGCACACCCAGGCCCACCUUCUUCCAGAUUCCGGAUUCAAUAGGGACUACAUCUGUGGCAUUCAGAGGGCAACUGGAAAUGACUGGCACCUUUGCUCUCCUCACUUCUAUGAACAGACUUCCCAGCACUGUGGGUGACGGUGCCUAUGGUGACACACCUCCAGCUCCCACCUCCCAACAAGAUGGGAAUGUGGAGCUCAGUCUAGGCAUGCUGCUCACUCUCCAGGGAGUUACCACCCCUGGCUCAACCAGACAUUUUUAG